AUGGAUGCGUUCCCAGAUCAGGUCCUGAAGGACUCGCUGAAAAGUGGAGACUACUCCGAUAUGACGGUCGUCUGUGGCGACGAUACGUAUCACGUCCACAAGGCGGUCAUUUGCCCGCGUUCAAAAUACUUUGAAACUGUUCUCAAGGCGGGCAUGCACGAGAGUCGCACAUCCCACGUAGACCUGUCCGACCACAGCCCAGAUCCGGUCAAAUCACUCGCAACAAUCAACCCGAGUCGGGUUGGCUGUGGCAAAUGA